UGAAAUUGAAUUUUAAGAGAAAUUCAGUCACAGUAAUUGAGAGUCAGUAAUAGCUAGUGAAAAUCUUAAAUGUCGUAUGUAAAACUGUAUUGGCAAACAAUGACAACUCUAAGCAACUCAUAUACACGCUCAUAUUAGUUAAGCCUGAAAGAGUGACCCAGCACCAAGAAGUGAUGACAACUCUAAGCAACUCACUUCUUUCUUUUCCACUUCAACCCAUCCUCCCAAACCCAAACUGUACUUCCCUAACUGUCAAUAACGACCCUUCCCUCCUAAACCACCCAAUUCUCUCUCAAAUCGACCAAUGCAACAGUGCCGAACAACUGAAGCAAAUCCAUGCCAGGAUGCUCCGUACAGAGCUAUUUUUCAAUCCAUACAUAGCUAGCAAACUCUUCACAGCCUCUGCUUUUUCGUCUUUCUCGAGCCUGGACUAUGCUCGCAAAGUGUUCGAUCAAAUUCCUGAGCCAAAUCUCUACUCCUGGAACACUCUUAUUCGCGCAUGGGUGUUUCUGCAGAUGAUUUGUGAAGCCUCUUACUGCCCAAAUAAGUUCACUUUUCCAUUCGUGAUCAAGGCAGCUGCAGAGGGUCAUAGGCUACGGAUGGGACAAGCUUUUCAUGGAAUGGCCAUUAAGAAAUCACUUGGUUUGGAUGUUUUCAUUUUGAAUUCAUUGAUACAUGGUUAUUCGUCAUGUGGGGAUUUGGAUUUGGCAUAUAAGGUUUUUGUGAUGAUUGAAGAAAAGGAUGUUGUUUCUUGGAAUUCGAUGAUCACGGGUUUUGCUCAAAAGGGUUGUCCCGAGAAGGCCUUAGAUUUGUUUCGAAUAAUGCAGGAGAGUGAUGUGAAGCCAAAUGAUGUUACAAUGGUGGGUGUUUUGUCAUCUUGUGCAAAGAAGUUGGAUUUGGAGUUUGGGAGGUGGGUGUGUUCGUAUAUUGAAGAAAAUGGAAUAAGUGUGAAUUUGACAUUGAAGAAUCCGAUGCUUGACAUGUAUGUGAAGUGUGGGAGCAUGGAAGAUGCAAAAGCUUUGUUUGAAAAGAUGGAGGAGAAAGAUAUUGUCACGUGGACUACAAUGCUUGAUGGCUAUGCUAAACUAGGGAAGUACGAAGCAGCCAGGCACAUUUUUGAUGCUAUGCCUUGGCAGGACAUUGCUGCGUGGAAUGCUCUUAUAUCUGCUUAUGAACAAAAUGGAAAGCCAAAGGAAGCAUUAGCUGUUUUUCGUGAGUUGCAACUGAACAAGAAAACAAAACCUGAUCAGGUCACUCUAGUAAGCACUCUGUCAGCUUGUGCUCAAGUAGGGGCAAUAGAUCUUGGGAGGUGGAUUCAUGUGUACAUAAAGAAGCAGGAGAUAGCGUUAAAUUGUCAUCUCACAACCUCACUUAUCGACAUGUAUUCUAAGUGCGGAGAUCUUGAGAAGGCACUUGAGGUAUUUAAUUCUGUACAGAGGAGAGACGUGUUUGUAUGGAGUGCCAUGGUUGCUGGUUUAGCAAUGCAUGGCCAUGGGAAAGCUGCAAUAGGUAUGUUUCUCCAGAUGCAAGAAGCCAAAGUCAAGCCCAACAGCGUGACCUUUACCAAUGUUCUCUGUGCCUGUAGCCACACUGGAUUAGUGGGUGAGGGCAGAGAAUUUUUCAAUCAAAUGGAGUCCGUUUACGGUGUUGCUCCUGAAGCCAGGCACUAUGCUUGCAUGAUUGACAUUCUUGGGCGAGCAGGAUAUCUCGAAGAAGCUGUGAAAUUCAUAGAUAAAAUGCCUGUAUCUCCUAAUGCUUCUAUAUGGGGUGCUUUGCUUGGAUCCUGCAGAAUUCACGGAAAUCUUGAGCUUGCUGAACAGGCUUGUAGCCGAUUGCUUAAGUUGGAACCUGGAAAUCACGGAGCCUAUGUGCUCUUAUCUAAUAUAUAUGCCAAGAUGGGGAAAUGGGACAGUGUUUGUCAAUUAAGGAAGCUAAUGAGACUAACUGGAAUCAGAAAAGAACCAGGCUGUAGCUCAAUAGAGGUGAAUGGUGUGAUUCAUGAGUUUCUAGUGGGAGAUAACUCUCAUCCUCUUUCCAAGGAAAUCUACUCAAAACUUGACGAGAUUAUAGGAAGAUUGAAGUCAGCCGGUUAUGUAGCGAAUAAGUCCCAGCUUCUGCAACUGGUUGAAGAAGAAGGCAUGAAAGAGCAGGCUCUGAACCUUCAUAGCGAGAAGUUGGCAAUUUCAUUUGGGCUUAUAGCUACUGACUGACCCUUGCAACCAAUCAGGAUUAUAAAGAAUCUUCGUGUGUGUGGGGAUUGCCACUCAGUUGCUAAGCUCAUUUCUAAGCUUUACAAUAGAGAGAUACUACUGAGAGAUUGGUAUCGGUUCCAUCAUUUUAAGGGAGGCUGUUGUUCAUGCAUGGACUAUUGGUGA